AUUUGUGUGCAUUUGUAGAGUUAAUCCCAAGUUGAAACAACGAAUUUUAUCAUAUUAUUUAUCAUUUUUGGCAUUGACUAAGGAGUUAAUUACAUAAUACAGAAUUGCUUACCACUUAAUAAUUAAUUAGCCUAUUUUUCUAUUAAUUUUUCAACGACACCCACUUCUCUUGAGUCAUCUUAAUUUAUAUACACUGAUGCUCAACAUUUUCAUUUCAUAAAAAGAUUAAAACAGAAAAGCUUGACAAAAUUGUAAUUAAAUAUAAAUAAUGGCGUCACCUCCCUUGAAUUACAAAGCAUCCAAGAAAUCAGUCUCCAGUGACGGUAAAAUUCAACAUCUUUCUUUAGCUGAAAGGUCAAAACGGUUAAAAAUUACGGUCGUGGGCGAUGGAAAUGUUGGCAAGACCUCUUUGCUUAUGUCGUACACGAUUAAUGGGUUUCCGGAAGAGUAUUUACCUACUGUAUUUGAUACUCACCCCAUGCACAUCAGCCUCCAAGAUGUCGAAUAUCCGACUUGCCUGUGGGACACUGCGGGACAGGAGGAAUACGCAAGAUUGCGACCCCUUUCCUAUCCGAAAACGGACUGUUUCAUCGUAUGUUACGCUAUUGAUAACCCAACCUCUUUCGGAAAUGUGAAAACAUUGUGGAUUCCUGAAGUUCGGAAGUACUGUCCGCGAGCGGCAGUGGUACUUGUAGGAACAAAACUCGACCUAAAAGAAAGCGGAACGAUCUCGACCCUUGUGGAAUUGGCUGAAGCAAAAAAACUAAAGCAUAAAAUUGGAGCUCAAUUCGUUCUUGAAUGUUCUGCAAAAACGAGAGAAAAUUUGGAGGAGGUCUUCACUCGAGCGAUCCUUGCAGUGAUUAAGAAACGCUCUGCAAACAAAUCGGCGAGGUCUGCUUGCGUCUUGUUAUAAAAGAAAUCUUUAAAAAUAAGAAUGUAUUGCGCCAUAGAAUGCAAGACUUUUAUAUUUAUUUUCUUUCAAACAACUCGUCGACUUGUCAAUAAAAUCUUAAACACUAGAAA